GACGUCAGGAUGUUUUCGAUGUUGUGAAUGCACGCCGCAACGCUGUUCAUCACAAUGAGCGAUCACAAGGAGAAGCGGAGAAAAGACGACACAAGACGCAGGAGAAACUCCAGGUCUCCCAGCCCUCAGCACAGGUCAAAACACCCCAAGGUUGAUAAAGACAUGGGCGGCCGCAGAGAGAACCCCGAAAGGCACCGGGAGAGGCACGAACAGCGCCGCAGAAGCACAAGCAGGGAGGAUGACAAGAAGCGGCGGAAACACGACGACGGCAGCCACCACCGGCCGCCCCACUCCCGAGAGAACCGUCGAGACCGAGGCAGCCCACCACCUCGUAGAGACAGGAGACCUCGGCGGCACUCUGGAGAUGGGGAGAAGCAUCACUGGGGCAAGAAGGAACCCAAGAAGGAGCCGGAGGAAAAGGUGGCGGUGAAGCCUGAAUUCGGCCUCUCCGGCAAGCUGGCCGAGGACACCAACGUCUACAACGGAGUGGUCAUCAAGUACAAUGAACCGGUCGAAGCCCGGAAGCCUAAGCGCCGGUGGCGGCUCUACCCUUUCAAGGGCGAAACCAGCCUACCCUUUAUUCCCCUGCAUCGACAGAGUGCCUAUCUGCUUGGCAGGUCGAGACUGAUCGCCGACAUCCCGAUAGACCACCCAUCCUGCUCCAAGCAGCAUGCGGUGUUGCAGUUUCGGCUGGUGCCAUACACCCGCAAUGACGGCACGACAGGGCGCCGUAUACGGCCCUAUGUCAUCGAUCUCGAGUCGGCCAAUGGCACCUUUGUGAACAACAAGCAGAUUGACCCUCGCCGUUAUGUUGAACUGCUUGAGCGGGACGUUCUCAAGUUCGGGUUCAGUACGCGCGAGUAUGUCAUUCUCCAUGAGGAGUCUCAAGGGGAGCACCUUGACGACGAUGUGGCGGGCACCGGUGAAGAGGAGGAACCGCCAUCGAACACAACCAGUGCGGCGUAGACCUCUUCCUCAUCAACAUUGUUGAAUGAUGAAAGAAUCACUGCUUGAUUUCUGUUUUUUUCUGUCUUCACCAGAGUGCUGGUACAUCACCAUACUAUGAGCCCAAGACACUGUUGCGCUCUCCACAUGUAAAGCUUAUGACGUGUGACAUGCUGUCCCCGCAGUGUCUACAAAACUCUUGCAAGAUCUUGCAGAUGAACUGUAUUACCAUCUCUGCACUGUUCUGGCAGUGUUUUCUGAAGGAGGAGUUUCGGUGAACAUCAGUUGUAGCACUGGGCACAUCUGUUUCAUGGUGAUGUAGUUGGUGGCUAGAGUUUGAUGAUGGUUAAUUGAACUGUGAGGAACGAUCUAACAAACAUGGGUGGGUUGCUGUUUGUUUUGUUGUUUUAGCUUUGUUUCUUUGUUUUUCUGUUCUCACCGUGAUUGGCAGGACACAACUGAGCUGCUACUAAAGGAGCGCAGAAGAUUGGCGCUUCCUUACGCGAGAAGUUUUUUGUAUUUACUGCUAGAGGCUGUCGAUUGCAAGAGAAGCUGUAUGUGGCACUGCUGAAAGCUAGGACUCGCAUGAAGGUGAUUGUCUGGGAAGUAAUAGGGAAAGCAAACACAUUUUCCUAGCCUUCGUUAUUUACUGAUAUAAGAUCAGAGGCAGAACAUCCGAGUGCCUGCUGUAUAUAUUACUUCCUGACACAUUGAGUGCUUUGUGUACUUUAGUGUCCUGUAAAUUUUUAGCACAAACUGAGGAGUAGUGAGGCCAUUGAACUUUCUCUUUGCAAGUACAGGUAAAAAAAAAGAUUACUCAAACUUGCAUAAGUUACUCCAUGUGGCCAGGUGAAUGCCAUGUUGCAGUAAUUAUAGGUGCAAGAUAAUAAUGCGUGUCAGCGUUUGGAUAUUGUAUGCAGCCUAUAUUAUUGCAGCAUUGUAUGGUCAUAAUGCUAGGUACUUGGUUCUUGUACAUGCUGAUAUGUAAGCUGUAGUGAUGAUCACGAAGACAGUUUUGCUGUGGUGGAUAGACCAGAACAAUUUAACAAUUGAAAAAAGGUCUGGUGUUUUUGUUAUUGUUAGUAUCUCUUGGCUAGCGAGCUGUCUGGUAAAGUAUGGUUGCAAGUGCUAAUGAGUGUUCACAGUGAAUACUGAUUGCCUAGCAGGUUAUUAUGCAAUGUUUUUCAGUUAUUUAUAGUAUCUUUGGCUGGUCACUUCAUGGAUCUUCACUAGUGCCACAAAGCUUCUUUAAGGCAGAAUAUAUGCUAUGUUAUAGUGAUUGUAACUGACCUUCAUCGCUGUUCAAGCCUGUUUUAUGCAUCAACUAGAAGUUAAAGGUUGAGGUAGAAGUCAUUGUAGCGCUGCUGGGAUUAAUUGAAAAUGACGAUUUGAAGGUUCUUUUUAAGUACAGAAAGCACUGUGCCUCCAUAUCUAUCCACCAAUGCUUUAUUGGCAUUUUUCUGCAGGAGAGCAUCUGCAUGACUGAUCCCCGACUCUGGUCAUGUCUGGCUUUCUCCCGAGAGUCGACCUGUUUCGUGAAACAAGUCUUGCGGGAGGCAAGAGCCUGGUCUUAGGCAUGACAUUUGUGCUAGAGCGUGCAGCUGUGUUGUUUGUGCUUCGUGCAGUAAGGGAAGAGCUACACUGAACACCAUUGCUCGAAGAAUGGUGUCAUCGUUAACAGUGUUUUCUUUUGGGUGUCAGGAAAGUGCAGGCAGUAAGUGAACUACACGAUAGAAGUCUUGGUCGACAACAUAAAAUGUGAUGGCCCACAUUUUUGCAGCUGUAUACGCUAUCACGAUGCAGUUAAAUGGUGGAAUCACGUGACAGAAGGCCUAGAACUUUUCUGUCGCGCAUCACGCCAUUGCAUAAAUAGACAGCGCUCCUGCGUGUCCAUUUCAUUGAGUUUUCAGCAUAAACAUUGUAUUUGAUGCAUUAAGAUUUUGCUGAAGCAUCUCUGCCUUGUGUGAAAAGUGUCUGUCAUGGGCAGUACUAUUAUCAUCAGCAAACUGAAUGAACUGUGGUGCUUUGUGGCUCUUGAACUUGCUGCGGGGUGCGUGGGUGUUUGACUGCUGCUGCAUUGUAUCACAUGCUCUCUUUUCCAAGAUGUGAAAAAGUAUUCGCCCACAGUUGAGGUAGCAGUGGCCCUGGUAUCAACAUCUUUGCCGCACCGAGUUGCUUGCGUAGCAACAGACAGCAAUUUUUAAGGCGUGAAAACUGAAAGUUGUGCAGCUGUCAGUCAUGGUGACUGACAAUAUGAAAACUAGUUCCAACAAUGUGCAGUUUGCAUUAGAAGUCGCCAGCUGGCAUUUUUCUAUGCACUGCCAUGGUAAAGUAUAUUUCGUUCCCACCUGUGCGUGGCUGCGUGAAGGGCUGGGUUUGAAUACUUACUUUCAUGGUAGCGAAAAGCAUGUCGUAAAGGCUCUCACAAACACUCAUGCCUAGUUAUCUUCCCAUAUAAAAGGACGCUCGAGCAAAAGUCCACCAUUUGUUAAAAACAUCCUGCCAAUAUGCAGAUCCUGCAGUACUUGUUAAAUGGCCCCUCAUAUCUGAAAGGCCAAAUAUUUGACCCUGACCUUGGUGCAUAGGAUUUGUGUGUGUGUCUCUUUUUUUUUUUUUUUGGCAAAGCAGUAAUUCAAGUGAAGCUGUGAUGCCCUCUACUGGCCACCGAAACUCGUGAGUCAUCCUCUGUGUACAGUACUUAAAACGUUGUCUUCUUGACUGUAUAAAGCAAAUGUAUGUUUUGUAAGCUUGAAAUGUCCAUAAAAUAAUACCCUACCCCUUU